UAAGCAAAGCUAGCGUGGUGGUCCCUGCAGAGCUGGCCUGAGCCCUUGGGAGUUUCAGCUAUACAGGAAUACAGCACCAGCAAAUAUGAUGAUGAUGAAAGUAGAAGAGCUGGUGACUGGGAAGAGAGCAGACGAUAAAGACACUGGCAGCUUCCUCCCUGAGGACUUCAAAAAUGGAGAGUAUGAAGCUGCUGUAAGAUUAGAGAAGCAGGAGGACCUAAAGACAGUCUCUGAACACUCACUGGCCCGAGGUGAUCUGGCUUAUGAGAAGGAGAAAAAACUAGAAGCAGAGCUGAAGAAGAAGAAGUUACAGGAGAGGUCAAAACUUGAAAACUUGGAGGAUCUUGAAAAACUUGUUCAGCUGAAGAAGAAGAAAAGAUGCAAGAAAGUGAAAGUGCCCAUUUUAAAGGAACCUGAACCAGAAGUUAUUACAGGACCAGUGGAUAUCCCCACAUUCUUCAGAGCUGCACUGGAGAAUAAGUUGCCAGUAAUUGAAAAAUACCUGUCAGACAAAGGGGAUCCCAACGUCUGUGAUGAGUACAAGCGCACUGCAUUGCACAGGGCAUGCUCUGAAGGACAUCUAGAGGUGGUGAAAAAACUGGUGGAAGCUGGAGCCCAACUUGAACAGAAAGACGUGCUUGAAUCUACAGCUCUGCACUGGGCAUGCCGUGGGGGGAACCUGGAUGUUCUCAAAUUCUUACUGGACAAGGGGAUAAACAGAAAUGCAAGAGACAAGCUGCUCAGCACCCCUUUGCACGUGGCCGUGCGAACAGGUCAGUACGACUGUGGGGAGCACCUCAUUGCCUGUGAAGCGGAUCUUAAUGCCAGAGACAGAGAAGGAGACACACCAAUGCACGAUGCCGUGAGGCUGAACCGCUACAAAAUGAUCAGGCUUCUGAUUCUGUAUGGAGCAGAUCUAACUAUAAAGAACUGCCAAGGGAAAACCCCUAUGGAUCUUGUUCUUCAAUGGCAGAACGGUACCAAAGAGAUAUUCAACAGCCUCAAAGACAAAUCCUAUAAGAGCGUCCAUCCAGGCAAGUUCUGAAGACAGAAACCAGACUACUCUCUUUUUGCUACUUUUACAUGCUUCAUGUGAACCUGGAGGAAAAUAGCCCUGAACAUACUAUUUUUACUGAAAAUAUUUAUGAUACUGGAUUAUUUGAGGUACCAUCACUGAAAACUGCAAAACAAACAUGCAAAUUCUGCUAAAAGGCAGGCUGAGUGUUAAAAUUCCACUGGUUCUAAAAAGGCUUUAUUUAUUACUAUUUAUUAUUUAUUUAUUUAAAAGGUCAUUUUAAAUUAUUCUCAAUAUUGUAGCUUUCUUUUUAAUAGAGCUUUACAUCAUAAUGCAAUCUUUGCCAGCAACAUAAAUCCUUUUGUCUUAGAUGGGCAGUAUUUCCAACUACAUUAGCAACUUCCUUCAAACCUUCCAAUAGUGCUAAACAGCAAAUACUUGCAACUGUUGCCUUGACUGCCAAAUUCUCACUAUUAAAAUAGUAUGUUAAAUGAGUGUUGAUAUGUGGAAGAGCAAUGGAAGGUGUACUAAGGUGUCAUGCGGAUUUAAAGAAGCAGUUGAAUAAUGGAGUUUAGACAGGGUUUGGCAACUGUGGUUGAUAAAGGGCUCUAGGACAGAGCUCUAACCAUUGGGUAACCAUUUGGGCUGUGGGAUUCAGAUGCAAUGUUAUGAAGGUGAGAGGAGACAGUAUCAGGAAUGUGAAUAUUUUUUAAACUAGACUACUAAGAAGUCUGAUGAUUUAAGAAUGCAAAAGCAGAUUAUGUAUAUUUGUAAAUUUGCUUUUUCUGUACAUUUUGUACUGAUCUAUUUCAGAUUAAAUAAACAUAGUAGUUCUUUUUAUGUGCCGGAGUGGUGAACAUGCACAGGGUCAUUCUGUCUCUCUGUAAAGAAAGCUCACGUCUUGGCCAGAAAGCUCAGAAAAAGUCUCAGCUGCCUAGAGCAGCCAGCCGUUGAGCUACCUCCCUGCCAUUGCGAGAUAAAUGCCAUCUCUUACUUAUUUUGUUAAAUGGAAACACAUACACAAAAGACAGUACUUGAGUAGCUAGUAAAACAAAGCUACAGUUUUAUUACUGAGUUUGAUUUAAAAUCUCAGUUUCUCAGCAAAUCGGUACUUACUAUGUGGAGCACAUGAGACAGCUUCAGUUAUCCAAGCCAAGGACGAUGCAAGUUCUGCUAGGAAAGGCAAGCACCUCUCCCUUUGCUUCAGCAGAAGCAAAACAAUCUUAACGGUGCUGCCAGCAGGGGCAUCAACAUCCCAUUUCACUGGGAUGUUACAUGCUCCAUUCACUUAAAAGCCUGAUGCCCCAUGGCAUGGCCUCCCUGAGAAAUUCACUACAGGCUCCUGAACACCUUCACCAAGCUCUGUCACUUGGCUUCCAGACAUAAGGCUUUACUGUCUGGCCAAAGCAAUGUCCUGGGCAAUGAGGUGGGGUCAGGAGCGGGCAGUGAUAAAUAGUUGUUACAGCAGUGCCAAUUUUGGAGACUAAGUGAAUUUACAGAAACUCCACACAGGAGCAAGCGGAAGAAAUGCCAGUUCUGUCUGCAGCCAGCUAUGCUAGACUGAGGCCAACAGUUUUAGACAGAUGAGACUUUUCUCACACAAGCACCAUAACUCACGAGUGUCACCUUGCCAGCCAUAGGCCUUAUUUGU